AUGGUGUUCACCCUGAAGGUGGCUGCUGUGUCCAGCAGGGCUGAGCGGUCUAGGACGAGUCACUUCCCUGGCCACAUUUUGGGGAGCACCCUGCAGGCGGCGCUCUCCCAUCAUUUCCGCGUCAGCAGAGUUGGGGCUGCGGCAAUCCGCAGCCUGGCGGCCGGCUGCCCUCGCUGGGUGACAGAUGACAGGAUGAGGAGAUUCCACUGUCAGAAAAGAGACCAAACUUUUAUCACCAUAGUGGAUGUGAAGUGUCUGAGUGACGAUGAAUUACAGAACGAACUUGACAAGCUUGGAUUUUCACCUGGCCCAAUACUACCUUCCACCAGAAAAGUGUAUGAAAAGAAGUUAGUGCAAUUGUUGGUCUCAACUCCCUGUGCAUCACCCGAGAUGAACAGACCCAGAGAACUGGACAGAGCUCAGGACUAUGAUGACAGUGAAGAGCUUAAUGUCACUAUCAUUUUGAAAGGAAAUAUCAUCUUCUCAUCAGAAAAAAACAAGGGACCCAAAAAAAGACCCAAGGCUUCCACCAGUAAACCAAAAGCCCUAGAAGGCUUCUGCCUGGAUUCUAAGCGUUCUGAGGGAAGAAGGUGUGCUGCGGGAGCAUCAAACAUCAGAUUCAAAUCAUGGAAUAACAUCAGAGAGAACGCGUGCUGCAUAGUGAACAGGAGAGCUGGGAGCAGGAAUAUAGAAACGUUUCCAGUAGGCUUGAAACUUGCUGUGUUUGGCAUCUUCAUCAUUGUGAUAUUUGUCUACAUAACUGUGGAAAGGAAGCCACUCUUUGUUUAA